GUGCUCGCGCUGUGUGAGUGUUUAGGGGGCGGGGCUGAGCGCGCGGACAACGUCUGUGUUUUAAAAUGGCUGAAAAAUGCAAAGAAAGUGAAGAAAAAUGAACAAACUGCGACCUUCUGGACAGAUCAGCCCGAACACAGCCGAACCCAGCCGAACCCAGCCGAACAGGGCCGAACCCAGUCGAACAGAGCCGAACUGAACCCAACUUGAGCGGCUGCAGCUCAGAGCGUCCAGUGAAGAGCAGCAGGGUUCUCCGCCUCCAGGGACUCCGUCUCCCAUGAUGCCCGUGGACGUGGCGGUAAGGUUCUGUCUGGCCAGCUCUCCUCCUCUGUGCUCCCUCCUCAGUAACCAUGACAACCGCUGCUUGCCAUCAGCCGCCAUGCUGCGACCUUGCCUGUGCUGUGAACGCGGUGGCGGCAUUGCCACGGUAACCACAACCUCAUCAUCAGCGGCAGAAAGCGGCCGGGCGAGGAGGAAGAAGAAGAGCGUGGUGUUUGCAGAUUCUCAGGGUCUGGCGUUAACUGCCGUGCAUGUGUUCCACGAGGACGAGGACGUAGACGAGCUGCAGUUCCACCUGACAGAGAUAGAGGGCGCCACCUCCAACCUGCACCUGGAGGACGGCACAGAGUCGGCAGAUGGUGGUUCUGUUCUGGUUCUGGACUUCACUCCACCAGCUGCAGACUACCUGGACCUGAGGAACCGGCUCAAAGCGCAGCAGGUGUGUCUGGAGACGUGUUCUCUUCAGGACCGGCUGCUGUCUGGUUCCGUCCAGGUACGGAACAUCUGCUUUGAGAAGAGCGUGUCGGUCCGGAUCACCUUCGACUCGUGGCGCUCCUUCCAGGAUGUUGGCUGCCGGUACCUGAACAACGUGUACGGCUGCUCUGACACCGACACCUUCUCCUUCUCCAUCUUGGUGCCGGACCUCAUGGAGCCCUACAGCCACGUGGAGUUCUGCAUCCGGUACCAGACCCGGGACCAGACGUUCUGGGACAACAACCUGGGGAACAACUACCACCUGGUGCUGUCGGAUCCCAGUGGGAGCACUGAGAGUCCAGCGGGGAAGCAAAACCAGCGGGCAGGGACCAGGGAGCAGAUGGAGUUUGACCCAUUUGGAAGCCCACGGACCUCAGCGGGGAUCUUUCCUGAGUGGCAGAGCUGGGGGCAGAUAGAUGGCAGCACCCCCUACUGGUGACACCUGCUUUUAAUGACUUUUUAUACUCCACCAGUACUAAAGCCACCUUAUUCUGGGAUGCAUCCAGAACCCACCAAGCACUGCUUCACUGGAGUCACUUUGCCUGAACAUGGAUCAGACAGAUGUUGACCUCUGGGUGGGCUGGAGGCAAACAGGAAGUCUAGAUCAGGGAUGUCCCGGUCUGAUCCCAAUGUAGUACUAGAGGGUAGGAUGUACUGCAGUAAACCUGUAUUCUCUCCAUGAUGUCAGUAGAUGUAGAUCAGCUAUAGUUCCUGGUUGUUCCAGCAGGUGGAGCCUCUUCCUGUUUAGUCCUGUAGAGACCAGAGGAGGCGUCACUCAGACUACAGUUCAUGUUAAAGCAGAGCGCAUUGUGGGAGUUUAGCAGUAACGGUCACCAUGACAAAGACUUCUGAGGAGGUUCAUGACCUCCAACCAGAGCUCAGGUGUGCCAGAUGAACUGGAACUCCAGAGUUCCUGGACCUCCGUAGCUGAAGAAUCAGACCAGACUGAGGAACCAACCAGGAGUCUGUUGAUGGAACAGAACCAAUGAACACGGAUCAGUCUGUGCUAGUGACUUACUAUUGAUAAAGGAAAUGAUUCUAAAUCAACGUCUUGCCAUGAACUGUUGUCUCAGACCUAAACAGCAGAUGGGGUUGAGGUUGAAGUUUAGCUUUGAUUGGAUCAGGACAUCCCUUGUUUGAAUAAAGAAGCAGCUGUAGCCUGAAGCUUCUCCUCAUCGUUAAGUGUUUGGAUCCUUCAGCUUCCCUCUAAGGGCUUGUUGUUGGGCCUCAGACCCGACCUAGACCUCACGGUUCUGCUGAGGGAACCGACCCUCACUCAGUCUCAGGGAGAAGAUCAGAACCUGCUGCUAUUUAUCUAAGACUCUUUGAUAUAUGCAAGAAAGCAGAGUUCCUUUUAGAAAUGCAGACGACAAUCAGGAGCCAAAGGGCUUCAGAAAGAAUCCACAGGACUGAUAGGACCUUCAGAAGGUCACCUGAAAGGCUUCAAAAGGCUCCAGUAGAUUUAUAAGGGCCUCCUUAAAACCCAAAGAUUCAAAGCCUUCCUCACCUUCCACAAGAUCCAUUCUGAUCUGGAGAACGUCCUCCACGUUUGUCCUCAAGACUGAUCAGCUUCUACCGGAAUGAUGCCAGAGUGUCUUCAAGGCUUCAGGAUGAGCUGAACUGUUGUUCAUCCCAGGAGGAAGAAGAAGUUCUCAGCUGGAGCAGCUUCAUUCACUCCUUCCUUAUUUAUUACCAUUACAGCAGAUUCUUCACCAGCAGAACUCUCAGCAGCCUGAAACACUGAAUUUUAAAGGUCUGAAAUCAGUCUGCCAUUCAGGGUUUAAACAGGUGUCGGAUCCUGCAGGUGAAGCCUGUUUGCUCACCUGAAGGAUCUUCACCAUCCAGACUCUGAUGAGAGGGAUUCAUUUUAAUAGAUUGUAAUGAUUGAAUGGGUUGAAAAUAUGCUGACAAGCAGCAGAUGAUGGACAUGUAGAUUAUAUGUAGUAGAUUAGCUGCAGUACCUGGAUGCUCCACCAGGUGGAGCCUCUGGCUGUUGAUGAGGUGGAGUUACAGGUGUGUUUGCUGACUGGCAUCAUGUCAAUGAGCUCUGUAGCAUUACAGUUAUUAAAGAUGUCUGUCUGCUUUAGCUAGCUCCCUGAGGCUGAUGCUAACAAUGCUAAGCUAGGACUUUGCAGCGUUAACACAAACUGAGUGUCAGCAGAUAUUAAAGAUAACAUUAAAGUGAUUAAGGGCAGUAAAUACUGACAGAUCUGCUUAGUAGUUUAGACACUACUGGUUUAAGUUUAGUCUCUGAAACACUUAAUUUGCUGUACCAGAUGGGUGCGGAUGUUGCCCGGUUAAUAUUAUUAACCUUUAACCAGGUUAGUGGUCAGAAACCAUGUGUGCUUAGUGUUGGUAACCUUGAUGUUAGAUUGAAUGGUUUGUGAUGAUUUAGUUUGAUUGGUUCUGAGUUUGAAUCAUUCUUCCUGCAUCAGGGGAAAAUCAACACGAUCACCAGCCCUCAUACGAUCAAUAGAUCAAUAACCUGAUCAGUUCUGCAGCUGAUCGUUAAUCAGUGAAACAUUCUGAGGUGUUUGCUGUUAAGUUUGUUCAUUUAUUUAACCGGACAGAGUCUGAAACACUAGAACAGGUGAAGAUAAACCUGCACUUCCUAUUAGCUCCUGUAGCCUCGACUAAGCUAACAAACACUCCUGUGUGCGUGUGCGUGCGUGUGCAUCAAAGCAUGUACCAGACUAAAGGGAUGUUCAGUGCUAAAAGUGAAUCUGCAGCUUCAACACUAAAAUAUUUUUGAAACAUAAAUGACUGUUGAACAUCCAGAUGGUUCCUGAAGGCCUCAUGUUGCGUUCAGGUCAUAUCACAGUUUAUAUCCCCUGCCUUCUGCAUAAACAGUUAGCUGUUAGCAGUUAGCAGCACGUUAUGGUCUGUUAAUGCAUCACGUGUUGAUGGUAAACUCCAGGCAAACUGCUAUGAUGGGGCAGUUUGUCUCCCUGUGACGGGCAGUUUUUCGGCUAGCUUGUGCUAACUUGGCAGCAUUAGCGCAUAAACGUACUGUAGCAGGGCUAUGAUGUAAAUGUACUGUAGCAGGGCUAUGAUGUAAUGUGCAAUGGAUGAUGAUGUCAUAAUUACUGCUGGAGCAGGAAGGGAUGUAACCUCCUUUUGUGUGUUUCCUUUUACAAUAAAAGUCUAAUUUUUGUAAA